UCUACGUUCAGCAAAAAACGCCGCCAAUGCUUUUGAGGUUAUUCAACUACGCCUACUGUCACUUUCAACAUCUGACAAGUUGAAAGAAGUUCUACUUUUGUUGCAUAACUAUUAAGAUAACUUCUCAGUAAAUUUGUGUUAAAAUUACUCACUGAAAAUGCAGGUGCCACACCGCUUAAUUCAACUUAUGGCAAAACCAGUUGGCCGAAGAUAUGCCUCGCAUGGAGCGGUAGCGAAAAGCACCUAUAAUGACCUCCCAUCUCCCUCGGGCAGUUGGCAAACUAACUAUGAUGCUCAGCAACGCAAAUACAAUGCACAACUUGCCUUAGGAGUAGGUGUUUUCGCUGGGACUCUUCUCUUCGGAAAAGCCGCUGGCUUCUUUGAAUUCUAUAAUGACUACCCUGAAAGGCCAGCAGUUAUCGACAACUACAAAGACUAGAUACCCCCCUUUUAUUUGUCAUGCUAGUAAUCAGUUUAGUACAGUGUAAAUUAAGUUUUUUGUUAUUUCCGCUGCGGGUUAUUUCAAUAAAAUAAUUCUUCAGUGGGA